AUGGAGACCUCGGCAAGUUAUGACGGUAGCUGUCACUGUGGACAGGUGAAGUAUACGGUGAAGAUAUCACCACCAAUCUCGGAGCAGACUGUGAUACAGUGCAACUGCUCAAUCUGCCACAUCAACGGCUAUUUGAUGAUUUACCCCAAGACAGCCGAUGUCACUUUCCACCACGCCGAUGAUGCUGUGAAGGUCUGCUGA